UUGACUGUCGAGGCUGAUUGCCAUGGCUGCAGUGUGUAAACAAACCCGGUGCGCAGUUAAAAUGAGAUAACGGGAAACAACUGCUUUCAGUGCUCCUCAUUUAAUAUUUAUUAAUUAGAUGUGUGUUUGUGUGUUUGUGUGUGUGUCUGUGUGCGUGUGAUAUAAUCUUGGCAGACAACUCCAUCUUUAUUCUAAAUACAUUUUAACUCUGAUUUAAUUAUGAAAUUUCCCAGUGAAAUAGGGUCACAGAUAAGUGUUUCCGGGGGACUACAUUACUGACGCACCGCGCCAAACUACAAAACCGCCUGUCAACUUCACCACAAGAAAAAUAUACAUAUUUAAAAUGCCUGUGAAGAGAGCCCUUCAGUUACAAGACAAAGAAAACAGCCCAGCUAAGAGGCGAGCACCAAACAGGGACUAUUCCCCCAUGACUGGAACCCAAAUGAGUCCCACUACAAGACCUGCAGCAGGUAAUUCCAGAGCAGGUGGGAAGAAAACGAAUCCCGCUCAAAGAAAAGAGCCCAUGACAGAUGCUGAGAGGAUUCUGUUCCUCAGGUCUAAGGUGAAAAAAUCAUUCAAGGACCUCAUGAAAUACAGGCAGCAGCUGGAAACAUUAGUGUCAGUAGAGGGCAGUAGUGAGCUGAGGAGUCUCCUGCUGAUGAGUCCUGCUGAUCUACAAACUGAACUCAAGAGACAUGAGAAUCUGUGUGCUAAAAUUGCAUCGUGUGCAAAUAAAGCAGACAAAAACAAGGGCCAUUUCCAAGGGAUGAAACAGACUGGCAGCUCUUAUGAAUUUCUGAAGGCAAUCUUAAGCCGCUGAGGGAUCAUUUUUCGAUGUACGACAUGGACGGCAGCUGGUGCCUGCUCAAGGUGGAUCACGUAACUCUCUCUUUAUCACUUCUAGAGGCUGUCUCAAGGACAAAAGCUUAAGCUGACCUAACAAAACACACACUUGUCACACACUUUGCAUUGCUACACUUGAGAAGAACAAGAACAGCGUUUCAAAAUUCGCUUUCCAAGAUGUGUAACUAAGUACUGCAUGACUCAAUAUGAAGAUAUGGUUAAUAUUAGCACCAUUCAUUGAAAUUGUAUCAUGCACUCCAGUAUUAUAGCUUGCUGUUUGCACUAUAUUAUAUCGAGUAAGACAGUCAAACCAAAACCUGUUCAUUCUCUCAUCAGACCUCGCUCAGGCUGUAACACACUAGCCCCUUUGUGACCUGAUAACAUUUAUAGUUGUAAUGGAUUUUUUUUAAUGGCCAUCAUUAACUCGCACAAAGAAGGGGGAAAAAGAUUGCUUGUAUUUUUUCCCCUUGGUAUUUCAGCUUUACAGCAUUAUGUUCUGAUAUGUCUCCUUCCAUCAUUUUUGUUUUACAGCUCAUGAAGUUGAAGCGUUUAAAUGCAUAGCUUUAGUUCUAGCCUUCAGUCAUUGGCAAGAUUAUUCCUUUGUAUUAAUUAAUAUUUUUCUAAAUUUACUACUUAAAAUAAUAUUAGUAGUUUAUUAUUAUUAUUAUUUUGUUUAUUUGAUGUUGCCGUUUGCUUAGGACUGCAUGAUUAAUAAAAAAAAAAAAAAAAAAAUGAUGUGGCUUAGUGAGGUUUUUGUGCUACAAAACUGUGAUUUAAGUAUAUGCACAUUGUUUAAUAAACAUUAGUGUUACAUUUUUACAGACGUACUGUAAACUAAGUGUAUUAUUUUCUUAAAUUAUCAUUUUUUAUUUUAUAGGGAAAUAUAGUCAUUUAUUUUAGGAAUUUAUUUUAAAAUAAGAAUUCUAACAAUUAUUAUAAAUUUUUUUGUCAUAUUGCUAUAUAGAUUCAAAAAAGAAAUGGUAGAAUUGUGUAGCAAAUCUGAAGUUGUUUUUAUUUUUAUUUCAAGCUUUUUAAAUUGCCAUUAAAUUGUUUUUUUAAAAAUCAUAAAGCAAUCACAUUAAAUUACGUUUAAGUUUUUUUUCCCCCCAAAUCGCACAUCCCCAUUUUUGUUCACUGUUGGGCCAUUUGAAAACACUGGAGACACUUUCAUUUGGUACAAAACCAUUUAAUGAUGUAUUAAAAAUGUAAAAAUAA